GAGACGCACUCCCGGCAUAUUCUCUGCAGAUAGGUGUUUGCUUCAUUUUUACACGAAACGAAUAAUAACCGUAGCUGUGUUUCAGCUGCAGGACAGCAGUGAAGGCCCAGGUAUAACAUGCACGGCCCGCCACUGAGAAGACUAGAUUACUCUGAAUACAAGAAUACUAGAUUACUCUGAAUAUAAGAAUACUAGAAUACAGGAAUACUUGAUUACUCUGAAUACAGGAAUACUAGAUUACUCUGAAUACAGGAAUACUAGAUUACUCUGAAUACAGGAAUACUAGAUUAUUCUGAAUGCAAGAAUACUAGAUUACUCUGAAUAUAAGGAUACUAGAUUACUCUGAAUAUAAGGAUACUAGAUUACUCUGAAUAUAAGGAUACUAGAUUACUCUGAAGAUAAGAAUACUAGAUUACUCUGUACCAUUUAAAUAAAACCUCCAGGUGCAGAGACACUCCUGACCUCUAGGUGGCGGUGUUUACCCUGAAACACGAAGUAAAGACCGCGUCGCGCACACUCUCACGUCAUCAGCGCGACACGUGCCGCGGUCUUUUCUUCCCCGUGUAUUAGCAGUUAGCAGUGCAGCUUCAGCGGAGAACGAGUUUUAACGGAAUAAUACAGAUAUCUCACAGUAAAGAUGGCCGCUACCGGACUACAGGCCAGGAAGAGGAUCAUGCGGGACGAGGACAUGACCAAGGUGGAGUUCGAGACCAGCGAGGAGGUGGACGUCACCCCCACCUUCGACACCAUGGGCCUCCGGGAGGACCUGCUCCGCGGCAUCUACGCUUACGGUUUCGAGAAGCCGUCAGCGAUCCAGCAGAGAGCCAUCAAACAGAUCAUCAAGGGCCGGGACGUCAUCGCCCAGUCUCAGUCUGGAACAGGAAAGACAGCCACCUUCUGUGUGUCUGUGCUGCAGUGUCUGGACAUCCAGGUGAGGGAGACCCAGGCUCUGAUCCUUGCUCCAACAAGAGAGCUGGCCGGGCAGAUUCAGAAGGUGCUGCUGGCUCUGGGAGACUACAUGAACGUCCAGUGUCACGCCUGCAUCGGAGGGACCAACGUGGGUGAGGACAUCAGGAAGCUGGACUACGGUCAGCACGUGGUGUCGGGGACACCUGGACGGGUGUUUGAUAUGAUUCGUCGCAGGAGUCUGAGGACCAGAGCCAUCAAGAUGCUGGUUCUGGAUGAAGCUGAUGAGAUGCUGAACAAAGGCUUUAAGGAGCAGAUCUACGACGUGUACCGUUACCUUCCUCCGGCCACUCAGGUGGUUCUGAUCAGCGCUACGCUGCCUCACGAGAUCCUGGAGAUGACCAACAAGUUCAUGACCGACCCGAUCCGCAUCCUGGUGAAACGGUGAGUCAGGAGCCACUGUGAUCGUGUGUGUGUGUGUGUGUGUGU